GUGGUACGUAAUUGCUCUUCUGCUCUACUUUUGGUGAGGAGCUAAUUAACGAGCUUUGCCCCUCAACCUUGAAUGCGCCUUCCCUCUUCGUGAAAGGAAGACGAUCACAGGGCUGCUCUUUACUUCGGCCAUCACCAACACAGAAUCAAAAGCAGUCUUUAGCGGAUCUGCUUCCGUCCCGUCGACCGGGAAGCGCUUCUUCAUAUAUCAGGCGGGCACGAUUUGACGCUACUUCGUUCUCUGCAUCUUCCGCGAUGCAGCAAACGAGCGUUGACGCAAGGAGGACUGUACCGGUCGUAGAAGAGGUGGUCAGCACGGUGCUGGCCGGCGCCGCGACGGGGCGGCACCCCAAUCCCCAUUCGAUCGGUAUUGUCCGUUCCAAUUCCUGUGCCCUCAACACCCGCGACACGACGUCUACCGUGCCUGAUUUCUUUCCUGUUGGCAGCGUCGCGUGGCCGGACACGCUCUUGUCCCUCUGGAAGACGGUGCGUUACUCCUCCCUUAUUGGCGUCUUCGCAGCCUUGUCGCGUGCUUGGUUCACCGUCGACAACAAGCUGGUGCUGUGGGACUACCAGGGAGGUCGCGAGUUCUGCGUCUACGAUGAGAUUCCUGAGCUGAUCACAGUAAUCGGGACGCCGGUGCGUCCUGUUGCGGGGGCCUUCCAGCCGCAUGUCACCUACGUUCUCCCGGUAGCCACCACAAACAUGCUCUUCCUACUCGGCCUCUGCGUCGUCGGCGAGGACGACGCUGCCGAGAUGAAGGUGGUGAGUUUAGGCUACAGCUGCUCCACCGACGUUGUGAUCACAAAAAUUAGCGGCUUCAGCGGCCGAGUCUUCUGUGCGGGUGCAGAUGGCCACGUGUACGAGGUUCGUUACAUGCGCGAGAACACCCCUUUCACCCCAAAGAUCCGCCUGGUGAGCUACACAAAUUGGUUUUCCAGCACCCCGGUGGUGGGCCAGCUGACUUCCGUCGUCAGCAAUGUGUGGGAGACGUGGACGGGCGGCGCGCACGGCGGCCUGAUCGACCUCGCCGUGGACGAACGCGACGGCAUUCUUGUCACGCUGAGUGAACAGAGCACCAUCGGCCUGUGGCGCAUCAACUCUAGUGGCGGGCUGCGGUACAUGCUCUCUCUGCGGCACCAACCAGACCGCCAGCUCCGUUCCCAGUCGACCGCGCAGGGGGAGGCGGCGCCGCUGAUUCGGGUGUUUGUGAUCGACGCAGAUGCGCAGGGCUGUCGUCUGAUGGCGACCGCGCUCAACGGCGAUCAGUUUCGCUACCGCUACACGAACACGUUCGACUCUGUGUACUCGGCAGAGCUCAUUCUCCAGUCGCACACCCCGUCGUAUCUGCCGCCCGGCAAGGAGGUGAGCGUGUGCUACGGCUCGGCCACGGCGGUGCUGGUCGCCUUCAGCGACGCCAGCGACGACCGCGCGUCGGACGAGGUGCUCGCCGCGACGUCGCCGCCGACGAUCAUGGCACCGCAUCAUAACGCGCGGGAUAUCGUCACUGUCUUUAGCGGGCCGUCGUCACACAUCGUGCGCGUCGAUGCCAUCGACAAACUGCCAAGCCGCGCCGCGCAGAACCUCAACGACCUGUGCGCGCAAACCUGCUCCCCUGCCGUGACGUACAUCGUGGUGCACCGCCACGGCCUCUCCCUCUACACCCAGGCCCGUCCAGUUGACACACUGUACCUCAUUUUAUCCAGCGCCGGUGCCGAGUGCCGCGACGCCCUGCUGAGCCGCUUCACCUCCGUCUACAGCGCCACCGACUACGCGGCGAUGCUUUUUCAGAUCGCCAUUGGGGCCCUCCACACGGUGUCCGACGUCCCCCGCUCCUUCAGCGGCGACGGCUCGCUCGUGAGCAGCGGCGACGAGGGUCUCUCCCUCAGCGAACUCGGGCGGCGGCUCCGUGCGGCAGAGAACGUGGAGGCGCAGCGCAAAGCGAGGGACCUUUUACGCAGCAUGCAGCUGCCUGGCGCACAAAGCGCCUCCAACGCAGGCGUGGAUAUGGAAGUGCAGCAGAUCGUUGUUCUCAUGUCACCGUUUGCUACCGGCCUCGCCACGUUCCUCGCGCGAUCGCUGAGCCUCCUGUGGGAUGUGGCGGUGAGCAAGGUGUCGCAGAGCUACGUCGCACCCGUGGCCGUGGUGCUGACGAAGCUCAUUCAGUACCUCGACAGCCUUUCCGUUGGCUCCGUCACGGAGCAGCAGCGCACCAUCGACAUGCAGCACGAAUGGCAGCAGGACAAGGUGGUCGUUUUCGUGCCUCGCGGCCGCAGUCUGCGGUCCGACGACGUGAAGCGCCUUCAGGCCACCAUGCUGUACGGCUGCUACGAGCUGGCACACAAGGCACUGCAGGCAACGACGCUGCUGCAGCGCGUGCCGUGGAUCCCGCUGCACUCUGGCGACGCGCCAGUCACGUUUGCACAGGUGAUGCGCGACGCGGAGGUGGCGCAGCGGCUGGGCCGCUAUCUGAGCCAAGUCUUACUGGACUCCCAGCAGGGCGUCAGCGCCAGUGCGGGCGAUCGCGUGGCCUCCUUUAUCCAGCUGCAACAGAAGUGCCCCUACUUUUUUGGCGGCAUCAGCACCCAGGCGUACCGCCUCCGCAGCGAGAUGGACGCCCUCACGCGGGGCGAGUCGCUCCAGUCGUACACCGAGUCGCAGGUGCUGCAGUGGGCUGCGGAGGUCGGCGCCAAGGCCGCGCUUUUUUGGCCCUCCGGCGCCCUUCAAAGCAUCUGUGAGCAGCUGCGCAGCCUCAAACGCGAAAACGUGGCGGUGGAGCUGCUGCUGCACGCGGCGGCGCAGCUGGACCCCAACAACGCGGCGCUGCACAUCUUUCUCUCGGAAGGCAACGGCCAAUCGAGCGCGCAGCUGCGGAACAGUAGUGCCUACGCGGUUCACCAGACCAAGACGCAGGUGCUGGAGCUCGCCGUGUCUACGAUGGAGGCGGCGUGGCUGAAUCACCGCAGCGUCGUGGACGACCUCCUUGGCGGCCCGCGCCGCUCCGGCACCAUUUGGCAGAUUGAACCGUCCGACGAGUACGCCCACUGCUUCCUCUUCGACUGGCUGUGCGCCCCGCGUCAUGACAAGGCUACGGCACGCGCACUCCGAGAGACGCUCCUUGCCUCGCGCUCUCCCUUCUUGGCCAGCUACCUCCGCCGCAACGCCGGCGUGCUCACCGAGGAGUACGCCCACUAUUUGUCCCAUGUGCAGGGCGACUACAAAGGGGCCAUGCAGCAGUGCUUUGUCAUGGCGCAGUCGCCGCUACCGGACGUCCCCGUAGCGGACCGCCUGCCCUACCGCAUCCGCUGCCUCCGCGAAGCCUUGGAGUGCGCCAAGAAGUGCCAGUCCGACCAGCGGCAGCAGGUGGAACAGCAGCUGGGACUGCUGGAGACGCAGCAGCGCCUCUACCGCAUUGCGACUUCCUUUGUCUCCUCUGGCGACCCCUCUCUAGAUCGUCGUGUGCAGUGGGAGGGCCAAGUGGUGACGGAGCGCGACGUCGCGCUGCAGCAGAUUGACUUCCUCUCCAGCUACGUGGCGUCGGCGAGUGACCUGAUCGAGAUGGGCGGCAUGUACCCGGCGCUGGGCGGUGCCGAGGUGCAGCUGGAUGCCCUGCUGUGCUCCAACGUGACGGACCCGGCCGUGUACGCCACGUGCAUCGGACGCGCCUUCCAGAACCGGCACGACGCGACGGAAAGCAUCACCAAGCGGCUCAUUGAGAAGUACUUCAACCAGACCAGCUGUUUCCCCCUGUCCUACCUGGUGCGGAUACUCGAGUCGCGCUGCUUCCUGCGCACGCCGACAGGGUCGCCAGAGACGGUGCAGCUGCUGGUGAGCCUCGGCGUGGACCCGAAGGUGCUUUUCCUCACCUACGAAACCGUGCUGGGCGACAAGGACGACACCGGGGUCGAAUGUGAGGAGUUUGAGCAGGCCGGCGUGACGACGGGGUACCUCGUGUACGGAUACGCCACGGUGCUGCUGUGCCUGGCCGACCUCGCACGACGCGGCUCCGUACAGCAGUGGCUCAUCACGAACGCCAUGGCGGCGGUGCGAAAUGCGAUUCGACAAGCAGCCAGCAACGUGCGCUCUUCGAAUGAGCAGGUGGCGGUGGAGGGGGCAGAAGAGCUGCUGGCGAAGGUGAACAACGUAAUGGCAGGCGGGAUGCCGUACUACUAA